AUAUUGGGGAUCUUGUUUCCAUAGACCGAGCUGUCUAUGCAUUAAAGAAUUCAUGGUAUGGUCAAGGAAGCUACAAGGAAGGAUUUGAUGGAAGCCAUGGUGCAAGGUGAUUCUACUGGUAUGUUCGCAUGCCCUUAUACUAGUGCGGCAUUGACAGCCUUGAUUAAGCUUAGAAGAAGUGGGAUUGUCAGUCCUAUGGAUCGGACAGUGGUGGUGACUGGUGAGCAUUACUCACGGAUUGAAAUUUACGAGUAAGAUUGAUUAUCACUCAGGGAUAUCAAGGAUAUAGUUUGCCAGUUUGCUAAAUCCUCCCCUUCAAGUGAAGGCUAAUUUUGAGUCAGUGAUGGAUGUUUUGAAGAAGAAUUUGUUGAGCAAGGCAAAUUAGGCACUUGCAAGCAUUGUAAGUUUUGCUCAUGUACUCUCUCUUACUCUUUGCUUGUAGGUCAUGUAUUUUAUUGAUUAGUGCAUUCCUAGUUAGGAUUUGGAGUUAUUUGAAUUAUAGCUCUUGCUAGAGGGAAACCUCUAUAUAAACUAUGGCAGCAUUGUCGAUCUUUGCAUGAGCUUAUUAUCAUUUUAACUUAAUGACACUUUCUUUAGCUGCUAUUUACAUGUUCCCUUGCUAUCUAAUGGAGCAUGUUUGUAAGUUCAUUCUUAUGUCUUGAACAUUUAUAUAUCGUUUGGUCUUUUUAUUAAAACCAUUGGAAGGUAAGCUGAGAUUGUGUUUAUAUUGAUAGUUCAAGUAUGCGUUUUAUAAGCCUGCAAUCUUUUGCUUAGACACUUCAAAAAAAAUCUUCUAGCCAUCUAAAUAGCUUCUUGUCCCCUUCUCUUGUUUCUUAGGCAUCUGUAGACUGAAUGAAUCCUCAGCCCUGUCUCAAUCCAGAGUGCAAACUACAAUUCAAUUUUUGAUGCAGAUGCUUCUAGAUUCUAGUGGUCUUGCUAGGGGUAGCAAUGGUUGGUGCGAAACUGGUACUCUGGUUUCACUUGUCAUAAAUUAAUGUACUUUUGUUAUGAUAUGGUUGACGCUUAUUCAGGUGUUGUGUCAUCUUUGGUAGCCUAAUAUAAUUUCCUUCUUAAA